UUGUCACAUUGACCUGCACCCUCUCUCGACUGCUUGUGGGGUCUCUGUCAACCAGGCAUAGAAGGUAGAAAAAACCCUUUGGAGAAUAACACCUGACUGUGGCCAUGCCAGAACCCACCAAGAAAGAGGAAAAUGAAGUGCUGGCCCCAGCCCCGCCCCCGGAAGAACCAACUAAAGAAAAGGAGGCCGGAACUAAACCAGCAAAAGAUGAAGAGGAAGCCUCCCCGCCUAGCGCCCUGCCUCCAGGUUUGGGUAGUCGGGCCCUGGAAAGAAAAGACUCAGAAUGGUCUGUUGGCGAGUCACCAGCUGGGGACGAGCAAGACAAGCAGAACACCAAUUCUCAGCUUGAAUCUGUCCUGUUUGUUGAAAAACCUCAGACAGGAAAAGUGAAAGUUGGCGAAAAUAUCACCUUUACAGCCAAAGUCAAGGCUGAAGAUCUUCUGAGAAAACCCACUGUCAAAUGGUUCAAAGGGAAAUGGAUGGAUCUGGCCAGCAAAGCUGGAAAGCACCUUCAGCUAAAGGAAACCUUCGAGAGGCAGACUCGGGUGUACACAUUUGAGAUGCAGAUCAUCAAGGCCAAAGAGAACUACUCAGGGAACUACAGAUGCGAGGUCUCCUAUAAGGAUAAGUUUGACAGCUGUUCGUUCGAUCUUGAAGUGCAUGAAUCUACUGGGACUACUCCGAACAUUGACAUCAGAUCUGCUUUCAAGAGAAGUGGAGAAGGCCAAGAGGAUGCAGGGGAACUUGACUUUAGUGGUCUCCUGAAGCGUAGGGAGGUGAAGCAGCAGGAGGAAGAGCCCGAGAUCGACGUGUGGGAGCUGCUGAAGAAUGCGAACCCCAACGAGUACGAGAAGAUCGCCUUCCAGUACGGCAUCACCGACCUGCGCGGCAUGCUCAAGCGCCUCAAGCGCAUGCGCAGAGUGGAGAAGAAGAGCGCAGCUUUUUCAAAAAUUCUUGAUCCUGCGUAUCAGGUUGAUAAAGGAGGCAGAGUGAGGUUUGUUGUCGAGCUGGCGGAUCCCAAGUUGGAGGUGAAAUGGUAUAAAAAUGGUCAAGAAAUCCGGCCAAGUACAAAAUACAUCUUUGAACACAAAGGGUGCCAAAGAAUCAUGUUCAUCAAUAACUGUGCACUGACAGAUGAUUCAGAGUACUAUGUGACAGCGGGUGAUGAGAAAUGUUCCACCGAGCUCUUUGUAAGAGAACCUCCAAUUAUGGUGACCAAGCAGCUGGAAGAUACAAAUGCUUAUUGUGGGGAGAAAGUGGAAUUAGAAUGUGAGGUGUCUGAAGACGAUGCCAACGUGAAAUGGUUUAAGAAUGGUGAAGAGAUCAUCCCUGGUCCAAAAUCAAGAUACAAAAUUAGAGUUGAUGGCAAAAAACACUUUCUGGUGAUAGAAGGAGCAACCAAAGCAGACACUGCUGAAUAUUCUGUCAUGACAACAGGGGGACAGUCAUCUGCUAAGCUGAGUGUUGACCUGAAGCCUCUGAAGAUUUUGACACCUCUGACUGAUCAGACUGUAAAACUUGGAAAGGAAAUCUGCUUGAAGUGUGAAAUCUCUGAAAACAUACCAGGAAAAUGGACUAAAAAUGGCCUACCUGUUCAGGAGAGUGACCGUCUCAAGGUGGUUCACAAGGGCAGAAUCCACAAGUUAGUGAUAGCCAAUGCUCUUAUUGAAGAUGAAGGUGACUAUGUAUUUGCACCAGAUGCCUACACUGUUACUCUGCCUGCCAAAGUUCAUGUUAUUGAUCCUCCUAAGAUCAUCCUGGAUGGUCUUGAUGCUGACAAUACAGUGACAGUGAUUGCAGGAAACAAACUUCGUCUUGAGAUCCCCGUCAGUGGAGAACCACCUCCUAAAGCCAUCUGGAGCCGAGCAGAUAAGGCUAUUACUGAGGGAAGUGGCCGGAUAAGGGCAGAAUCAUACCCCGAUAGCAGCACUCUGGUCAUUGAUGUGGCUGAAAGAGAUGACUCUGGUAUUUACAACAUAAAUCUGAAAAAUGAAGCUGGAGAAGCACAUGCAAGCAUCAAGAUCAAAGUUGUGGAUAUCCCUGACCCUCCAGUGGCACCGAAUGUGACAGAGGUGGGAGAUGAUUGGUGCAUCAUGAACUGGGAGCCUCCUGCCUACGAUGGAGGGUCUCCAAUCCUCGGAUACUUUAUUGAGAGGAAAAAGAAGCAAAGCUCCAGAUGGAUGAGGCUGAAUUUUGAUCUCUGCAAAGAAACAACUUUUGAGCCCAAGAAGAUGAUUGAAGGAGUGGCCUACGAGGUCCGCAUUUUUGCAGUCAAUGCCAUCGGCAUCUCCAAGCCCAGCAUGCCCUCCAAGCCUUUUGUUCCGUUGGCUGUCACCAGCCCUCCUACUCUUCUGGCUGUAGACUCGGUCACUGACACGACUGUUACCAUGAAGUGGCGGCCCCCAGACCAGAUUGGUGCAGCAGGUCUAGAUGGCUAUGUGCUAGAGUAUUGCUUUGAAGGCAGUACAUCAGCAAAACAGUCUGAUGAAAAUGGGGAGGCUGCGUAUGACCUGCCAGCUGAGGACUGGAUAGUUGCAAACACAGAUCUGAUUGACAAGACAAAGUUCUCCAUCACGGGUCUGCCCACAGAUGCCAAGAUCUUUGUGCGUGUGAAGGCUGUUAAUGCAGCCGGUGCCAGUGAGCCCAAGUACUAUUCUCAGCCCAUUCUCGUGAAGGAGAUCAUAGAGCCUCCAAAGAUUCGCGUCCCGAGGCACCUGAAGCAAACCUACAUUCGCAGAGUUGGAGAAGCCGUGAAUCUGGUUAUACCCUACCAGGGAAAACCAAGACCAGAAUUAACUUGGAAGAAGGAUGGUCAAGAAAUUGAUAAGAAUCAGAUAAACAUUCGCAACUCUGAAACUGACACAAUCAUCUUUAUCAGGAAGGCAGAGAGAAGCCACUCGGGGAAGUACGACCUGCAGGUCAAAGUGGACAAAUACGUGGAGAGUGCAUCGAUCGACAUCCAGAUUGUUGACCGUCCGGGUCCACCCCAAGUGGUGAAGAUUGAGGAUGUCUGGGGAGAGAAUGUGGCACUCACGUGGACACCACCGAAGGAUGAUGGAAACGCCUCCAUCACAGGGUACACCAUCCAGAAGGCUGACAAGAAGAGCAUGGAAUGGUUCACUGUCAUCGAGCAUUAUCACAGAACCAAUGCCACCAUCACUGAACUGGUCAUAGGCAAUGAGUAUUACUUUCGGGUCUUUUCUGAAAACAUGUGCGGCCUCAGUGAGGAUGCAACGAUGACCAAAGAGAGUGCUGUGAUCGCCAAGGACGGUAAAGUCUACAAAAAUCCAGUGUAUGAAGACUUUGAUUUCACUGAGGCACCCAUGUUUACUCAGCCUCUGGUGAACACCUAUGCUGUGGCUGGUUACAAUGCCACCCUGAACUGCAGCGUGAGAGGGAAUCCCAAGCCUAAAAUAACCUGGAUGAAAAACAAAGUUGCUAUCGUGGAUGACCCCAGAUACAGGAUGUUCAGCAACCAGGGCGUCUGCACCCUGGAGAUUCGCAAGCCCAGCCCCUACGAUGGCGGCAUGUACUGCUGCAGAGCCGCCAACAGCCUCGGCGAGGUGGAGAUGGAGUGCAAGCUGGAGGUGAAAGUGAUAUAUCAAGGAGUAAAUACCCCUGGACAGCCAGUCUUCCUGGAGGGGCAGCAACAGGUGGGCUCUCCUUCUGCAGGCUCCUCUUACAAGGCGUGCCUCCAAACAUAAUUGAUUCGUAUCUGCGAGACUUACAAUCAAGCAGUCCUGAGGAAUACUGAGAGCCUGGGCACUGCCUGCCUGCACUCCCCUGCUUUGAAAUCUGCUUGAGACGAGAAAGCAUUUUCUGUUUUCCACCGGGCCCCCAAGUGUCAAUUUCUUUCCUCCUAAUGUUGAAGAGAAAAAAAAAAUGCACGGAUUGCUUAAUUAAAAAUUGCAAACAGGAUCUCAUUUGGAGUCAGCACUUUGGUCAUUAUUGUCUGUGUACCCAAAAAAGCAAGCUAUAGAACAAGAAAAAAACAGUUAUUUUCACUUAAAACAGUAGGCUGUAAAUGCUUUUUUUUUCAUAAUAAAAACACCCACCCUGAUGGAAUCGUGAAAA